AUGGAUCCCUCACCAGAAACAGAGGAAUCUAUACCUGUUACUGCUGAAGCAGCUGACAUACUAGAAUCGGAACAGACUGCUAAACGCAGAAUCAAACCAUCUGUUAAACGCAUAGAAACGUAUGAGGCACGAAAGGAUGAAAUUAAUGAUGGUCUGUCUGACCUAUGGAAUAAAACAGAUCACUGCAUAACCGUCACUGAUGAGACAGGCAAUACUAGACUGCAACUCACUGAUGCACUAAUAAGACUAAAGACUGCUUAUUCUAACUAUAAGAGACGUGCAGAGAAAUAUUCUUCCUUCUUGUCCAAUGCCCGUAUGAAAGAAGCAUUGCAAGAGCUGAAUGCUUUUACUAUCAUGGACCAUCAGAGACUAAUUACUUUCCUGCAAACAACAACCAGGCUGGAGACCAGAAUUGCACAGUUACAGGAUAAUGCAUCCAAGGCCUCCACUUCCUCUAGAAGGUCUAAAGGACCAUCUAGAGCACUGCAUUCCGUUUCACAGAAAUCAUCCCUAAGCAGCCAGAUAAUAAGGGCCAGAGCAGAAGCGGAGGCAGCCAAGGUCCAAGCUCAAUGCAUCAAAAGGGAAGCGGCGCUCAAGGCACAUAUAGCAAACACUCAAGCAGAGGCCGUCCGAAAACAAGCUGAGACUGAAGCAGAGGCUGCUCGCAAGCAAGCUGAGAAUCAAGCAGAAGCAGCUCGCAAUCAGGCGGAAGCAGAAGCACAGCUGGAAGUCCUCCAGAAGGAAAGAGAGGCAGCAGCAGCCAUCGCAAAACUAAAUGUUCUAGAACAAGCCUUUGAAGAGGAAGAGCUGGAAGUGGAUCGUCCUUGUCUGACAACCCCAGCAGACCCAGUCAUGAGAACUUUACGGUUUGUCUUAGAUCAAGAAGUCAGAGGAACGACCUUUCCUACAAUUGUAGACCCUGCAUACAUUUCUCCAGGGCAUCGAAUUGAAGAUCUUGUGUUUUGUUCCAGAGAAGCUCAAACAACUGAAUUAGCCAACCCGCACACCCACCAAACUAAAGGGUCCAGUGAACCAGCUUAUGCUACAGGACACACCCUUAGAGAUGAAGGGGAAACAAAACCUACCCCUGGAUCCUAUACAAGGCAGCCUUCAUCUUCUCCAAACACAAAAUCUUUGUCCGGACUAAACCCAUCUGCAGCACCUUUCCCCCCUCCAACUCCUAAGGUUGAAGUACCAGAAGUAAGAGCUCAUAUAAAAAGGAAAGGACUAAUAUGUCUGAAUUCGCCAAAUACAUGA